AUGUUAUUCCUCACGGCCUUCAUCCCCUUCACUAAACCAUCGACGGCUCAACGAAACGCGGCAAGCUACUUCGACAGCCGUGACCUGCCAUAUCUCCUUCGAACCAAUCAUCUGGUCAACCAUACACAAGCUGACCAUCCCCUAGCAUUUGAAUUCGCCAAAACCCGCGUCCAGCUUCACGAAGACAGUCCCACACGCAAUCCCUUCAGGGUGAUCAAGACCGUGAUCGAAAAGGAAGGCCCGCGCUCCCUAUACAAGGGAUGCGAAACGCUCGUGGCGGGCACUAUCCUCAAAGACGCGAUCCGCUUCAUCUCCUUCGACAGCAUCAAGCUGGCCUUCAAGGAUCCCGAAACCGGCACGCUCUCGCCACUACGGAAUCUCCUCGCCGGCAUUUCCGCGGGUGUUGUGGCCAGUACAUUCGCAGUGACGCCCACCGAACGGAUCAAGACCGCGCUGAUCGACGACGCGCGGCACGACAAGCGAUUCCGCUCCGCGUGGCACGCGACUACGACGCUGGUCAAGGAACACGGGAUGCUGCGCGCCUUGUAUCGCGGGUACGUGACGACGACGCUCAAACAGGCCUCCACCACGGCCGUGCGGCUGGGCACGUACAAUAUCCUCAAGGACUAUGAGCGGUUACGCAACAUCCCGCAGACGACGGCGACUACGUUUGGAAAUGGCGCUGUGGCCGGUACGGUGGUGGUGUUUGCGACUCAGCCGUUCGAUACGCUGAAAACUCGCGCCCAGAGUGUCAAGGGUGCCGGUGUCGUGGAGGCGUUUACGAGCGUCAUCAACGACUAUGGCGUCAAGGGCCUCUGGAGGGGCAGUACUAUGCGUCUGGGCCGGACUGUGCUUGCCGGAGGGAUUUUGUUUACUGCCUAUGAAUGGAUCGCAGCAAUGAUUCAGCCGGUGUUGGAAAAGAAACUGGUCGUCGCUAAGUCGCAAUGA